AUGUAAUUCAAGAGUUUAGAGGAGCAAAUCUAAUACCAAGAAAAGAAUAUUGAAUAUUUGUAGCAAUAAAAUUUUGAUUUGCAAAACCAAAUUUCUCAAUUCUCUUAAUUCUAAUAAUUAGGAAUUACUAUUGAUGCAUUUUAGUCUUUACAGAAUACUAGCAAAGAAUAAUCAUAAUAAAUAAAAUAAUUGCAAAAAGACAACAAGAAUCAACUGAAAUAGAUUCAAAACAAUCAAGUGAAAUAUUAUGAUAAAACACUGUCAAAUUUAUAAUAAGAAAAUGUGAAAUUGAAGAAUGAAAUAAGACAACUACGUCAAAGGAUUUCAUCACCAUCAAAACUUGAUAAAUCAAUUGUUUAGUAUAGCACACCUUAAAAGCAAUUAAAUCCCAGUGCUAUUCUUAAGUCUACUAAAGAUCAUCCAAAAGAUGUGGCAAGUUUGCUAUUUAUUAAAGGUUCUCAAAAUUUCAAAUCUCCUUUUGUAGACAUUAUCAAAGGAAAAUACGAAAAUGUUAAAGUAAUCAAAUAGCUUAAAUCAGGAUUAGAACAAUCAUAUUUCGACACUUAUCAUUUCGAUGUCAUAAGUCAAGAUCUCUAAUACUCGCUUCAAUAAUUGGAUAGAUAGCACAGUAUACAUUAGGGUAAAGGACUUCUGUUAUCGAAUUAAUUAUCUUUGAUAUAUGGGGCAUCAAGAACAAAUAAAAAGCAUUUUCUAAUCUAAUACCUCGAUACUUUAAUAAGCCAAAUAAAAUAACAGUUUGAAAUCUUUUAAUAAAAUGAAGAUUACAAAUAAUUAACAGUAAAGAUUGUAUAUGAAGAAUUCUUUAAUGGCUAGACUAAGCAUCCCAGUGAUAGUGAAGUGCUUAUCAACAAAGAAUAAAGUAAAAGAGAUAAUGAAAGCAAAGUAAGAGAAAUCGAAUUAUCAAUAUCAAAAUUGAGAUUAAUAAUACUCAACAAACUUAAAAUGACCAUUAAAGAUAAUAGUAAGAAAUAUGUGAAAAUAAGAAAACUGUACAUUGAAACAGAAUUAUAAUUUAACAAAGAAUCUCAAGUCAAGAAGUUCAUAGUUUUUACAUCAAAUUCAAAUCUGAAUUAAAAGUAGUUUUAAAAUGCAGAAGAAGGCUUAAAUGAAUCUUUAGCUAUGAAGGACAAAGGAAAGGAAUUGACAUAAAUUCUAAGAUGGCCAUAAUUGUAAAUUUCUUUAGUAUUGUGUGUUCAUCCUACAAUUCCAGAUUAUGCUUUGACAAUCAAUACCUUUUAAUUGUGUAAAUUUAUAAGGAAUUUGAAAUUAGUAUCAGAUUCUCCUCAAAGUUCUGACAAAUUUUAAUAGAUUUUAGAGAACAAUAACAAAUCACUUGAACAAAAGAUCAAGUAAUUAAGAGAGAAAAUCAAGAACUUAGAAUCCGAAAAUUACAGAGUUAAAAAAUAAAGUUUAAUUUUGGAAGCAGAAAAUGAGGAGGCUGUGGAUAAAAAUAGGAAAUUGAAACAAUAAUUGGCAAAUCUAACAGGUUAGCUGUAGCAAUUGCAAAUGAAUUUCUAACAAUAAAUUUCAGCUAAGAAAUCCUUGACUUUGUCUAAAACGAAAAGUGCUGUUGUGGCUGAUAAUAAAACCAUAUAGACUCUUGAAAAGGCAGCCAGAAGCAUAUCAGUUUUAUUGUCUUAAAAUAGCAAGGUUGAUCUGAGUGUUAGUCCUUCAAAAGUUCAGAAGACACUUCCUUCAGAUUUACUAAUGCCUAAUUUUUAAGAGAAUCCUGAUGAUGAGGAGGAUUACUAAGAAGAAGGUGAAGAUGGAUAGGAGGAUGAAGAUUAAAUGGACGAAGAGGAAGUUGAUUCUGAGGAGCCAUCUGAAGUGGAUGAAUCAGAAGGAUAAGAUAUACAAUAGCCUAGGAAAGAGUCAUCAAUAUCUAUGAUAUGAGUAUGUGUAUUCGUUUUUGAAUAUUUUAAUUAA